AUGGAUCUCGAGCAGCUGCACAUGCAAACCGUGGAGCUGCUUGGCCAGGCCUGCGCAAAUUGGGGAUUGCCGAAGGAGGUGCCGAUAGAUGAGAAACCUGAACAAAUCCCCUCGGCCAGCACGCUCGCCGGAAACCUCGAAGCCGCCCUUCGCCUGGCGCAUAGCAGUGAGCUUCAGCUUUUGGAGAAGGGCCAGUCUGCCCAGGUAACCGCCAUGCGUGCAAAUAUGCGACGCGUGCGAGAGCUGUCUGAGAGAAUCGAGGCUUGUCAAGAGAAUUUGGUGGAGCUACGAGGGUCGUAUUCUUCUGUUACAUCGAGGACAAGCGCGCUACACGACGCAUGUGAUCGCUCCAUGGCUCAUCAGACAUCUCUGGCGGCCGGUUCCGAGCAAAUCCGCGCAAACUUGCAUUAUUUCAAACAAGCUGAUAUUAUUAUGAAGAAGCUUUCGGACCGAGGCCGUGUAGCCGUGACGGCCCCAUCGUUUUCUUCUCUGUUGUCUUCAAUUGACGAUGGGCUAUCGUUUCUUCGUGCCCAUCCGGAGUAUAAAGAGAGCGCGCUCUACAUCCAGAAAUAUGAACAGUGUCUUAGCCGGGCGAUGACGUGGAUUCGAGUCAAAGUGCUCGCAGACCUGGAGUCCAGUGUCGAAACUGUCAAAAAGAAGCAAGCCGAGUUGUCGAUAGAUUGGGCGCGCGUUGAUCACGCAGAUGAAGACACCCGCGCCUUGCUCUACGGAAUUUUUGCAUCCAAUGCCGCUUCAGUCAAGUGCGCGCUGGGCGUGGCUGAACAACGAUUUGCUCAAGUGCCCGAAUUUGAGGAGAUGGUUUCAGAAUGCUACACCUCAUACUUUCAGCUUCGACAACAACUUCUGGCCCCAAUCAUUGAGAGCACGCUGAAUAAGCUGACCGGUCAAUACAUCAACUCUUGUUGCACAUUGGCCAGAACGGGCUGUCUAUUCCUGAUUGGCGUUUGUGGAGACGAGUUCCGCCUCUUCCGCCAAUUCUUUGCUUUGGAAUCGAGCGGAAAAUCGAAUGGAUCUACUGGGAGGGCCUCACCAACACCCUCAAUCAUGUCAAUGAACACGACGCGCACCGGCUACCAACGCAGAAAGCGAACGGCUUUUGAUGCCUUUUCCGAGAGUAUCACCCGGCUACUUUACGACGUGCUUCGCCCGAUCAUUGUCCACAAUCCACAUCUGGAGACACUGGCUGAAUUAUGCUCCAUUAUCAAGCUAGAAAUGGUCGAAGAACGCUGUAUGGCCCAACAGACAGAAUCGGCACUUGGCGACCCCUACACGGGCUUUGUGAUCGUUGCAGGGGAUCUUAUUGGUGAUGUACAGGAGCGAAUUGUCUACAGAGCUUCACAAUACGGCCAAAAUGACAUCAUCAACUACACGCCCGUUUCCGGUGACCUCGCCUACCCUGAACGUCUGGAAAUGAUGCGCAAAAUUGAGGAUGAGCAGCGCGCUAAGCGCGAGGGGGAGAACGGCGAGGCGGACGCUGGAUCGGAGGCUAGCUUUGCUGUGGAUUUGCAUUGUCUAUGGUAUCCUACCGUACGCAGGACUGUCGUGUGCCUCGCCAAGCUUUUCAAGUGUUUGGAGUUGUCCGUAUUCGAGUCGCUCGCCCGAGAACUACUUGUCGCCUGCUGCGAGUCGCUAGACGCCGCCGCGCUUUUUAUCACGAACGGUGUUGAUGGCCGCAAGGGCCGCCCGCUUGAUGCUCAUCUGUUCGUGGUGAAGCACCUGCUGAUCUUGCGCGAGCAGACGGCACCCUACAGAUCAGCAGCUACCCGAAGUGGCCAGAGCACGAUCCACUCCCGCGAUUUCUCGUUGUCACUCACCAAAGUGCGCGACUCGGCCUCGAACUUCAUCUACAACAUGUCCACCGAUGCGUUUCUGGAGUUGCUUUUUAGCGUGUCGGCUCCAGUCCAAGUUUGUGAGGUGGUGGGUGAUAGUCGUCGUGUGGUCGACAACAGCCUACGAACAAGGUGCAACCAACUGAUCGACUGCUGCGCCGGCUUGCUGGCACGAGAUUUUGAGAAAUUGGUAGCCGACUUUGAGCAAGAGGCUAAGAAAGAAGGGUUCGCCAUCGCUCGCUUCCCUCAAUUUUCAUCGGAGAAGAUCCGGGAUUGCGCUGCGGAAACGCAGCGUCGGUUGGGGAAAGAAUGGCCGGUGAUCCGCGCGUCUUUCUCGCUCUACAUUGGCGUGGCUGAGACGGAGGCCAUCUUGUUGCAGCCAGUGAAGAAACGCAUCGUCGAUUUGUUCGGCCGCGCGGCCGCACUGACGGCACGUUGGCUUGGUGAAGAGGGAGUCUCGAUCACGGCCAUUCCAUCGCCACAACACAUCCACCUACUCCUCAACAAAGCC